AUGCAUUCGUCCACGGAGUCAUCGUCCAAGCCAUCAUUGAGUGAAAAUGAGUGUAGCGGUUGCACACAAAAUCGUGUGGCGCAUAUGGAACCCAUACUGGCGGAACUCAGGAUUGAGUACGUCAAACAGCAAAUACUGCGUAAGCUGAGAUUAGAAAAGCCACCGGAAGUGUCGCUGUCCUUGUCUACACUGCCCAAGCCUUUGAUCAAUGGCCACGUACUAGAGUUAAAACCUGGCGAACCCUUGGAGCCGCAGAUACCAGCUGAGAGCUUCUAUGGCAAGACUAAUCAGAUUGUAGUCUUUCCAAAUGAAGGCGUGCCUCACUCGAAAAAGUGUCGUCAGAGCUCGAAUCAUAUAACCGGCUUCAAUCCCGCCGUUUGCUUCACGUUUUUCCUGCCGAAUGAAAUGCAAUUCGUCGAUGUAACAUCAGCGGAACUUUGGUUUUACAAGGAGGAAGACAGAAAUGACAGUUUCAAUCAAACUUUUGUGCUCUCAGAAUUGGACCACUGGGAUCAGCGUGGCAAUUUCGAAAAGAAUACCAUUAUGGCCAUCUUUGAGACUACAAUUGGAGAAGGCUGGGUGAAGGCGGACGUCGGCUUCGCGGUGCGCAAAUGGGUGGAAAAGCAACGUCUGAACCAUUCGAUCCAGAUCGCUUGCAGCACGUGUACCAUCGAGCGGAGCACGGGACCGGUGUCGAUGGAGGGCCGACUAAAGCCCUUCCUCGUGAUACAGACGGCUCCGAAGCCCCAACGAUACAGGUCCAAAAGAAACUCAAACUGCCAACCGAACAUGAAGGAGUGCUGCAGGGACGAAUUAUACAUUAGCUUCGAGGACAUCGGCUGGAGCGAUUGGAUAUUACACCCAAGUGGCUACCACGCCUACUUCUGCCGGGGUUCCUGCUCCACUGCUGUAUCCAUCACCAUGAGCGGCACACACCAUAACGACGUUAUUCGGAGGCUGUUAGCACGGGGCAAAGCCCUUCACCGUCGAAACGAAAUAGUUCCUUGCUGCUCGCCAACGCAACUAUCAUCCAUUCAGCUAUUAUAUGUCGACUCAAACAACACUAUUACGCAAAAAACUUUGCCAAAUAUGGUCGUCGAAGCUUGCGGUUGCAUGUAAUCCAAGCAUCCAAACGCACUACGAUCAGCUAAAAUGUACCGGAGCUUCUAAAAUUUAUCCUCUGAAUAUCGUUAAGAAUAAUGCCUU